AGCUGUUGUGAGUUGGCAGUGCAUAGUGUAUUAUUGAUAAAAAAUAAUGUAGCAAAAUACAAAUAAAUAGUAAAAUUAAUAAUAAAGUUCAAAAUUUAAAGCGAGAAAUGUGCUAGAUCAAUCAAAUAACAAAAUGCACGCGUGUGUCCGGCGGGUGGGCGUGUGCCAAGUGGGCGCCACAGCAUCAGCAGCAAUAACAACAAUAGCAAGAGAAGUAUACAAACAAAGUCAAACAGAUGUUCACAGGCACUUACGUAACGGCUGUCGAAGCUACGUAAAAUUGGCGCAAAAUUGCACACGAGACAACAACAACAACAAUCAGCUGCUCAGCCGACGACCCAUUCAACCGACGACAGCCGCACAGUUAACAACAACAAAAUACUCUCGCUAUUCGGCAAGCACAAUAAUGAAUUCGUAUUGCAAGGAAUUAACGUUGAUGGACUACGACAUCAUUGGCUUCGAUCUCGAUGGCACGCUUUUGCGCUACGAUCUGCUGGAGAUGUCGACAUUAAUCUAUAAUGUGCUCAAGCAAUAUCUGGUGGAGCACAAAGGUUACUCGCCGGCGCUGUUGACUCAGCAGCUGGACCUUGACUUCUUGCAGAAGGGUUUAAUGUUGGACGGCACGCGUGGCAAUGUGCUGAAGCUGAGCAAUGAGGCGCAAGUUCUGCGUGCCACACACGGCACGCGUCUCCUUAGCGAUGCAGAGAUUGUGGCCAUAUAUGGCCCAGAACGACGUUGGGAUGUCACCACAGCCUUCUACAAUGAUCCACUGUCCACGUGGAAUGGUCCGGCUGCACUGCAGAUGCGUGCACUGAUGGACUACUUUGAUAUGCCCGCUGCUCUGGUGUUUGCCCAGGCUGUGGACUUGGUGGACAAAGCAGCAGGUGGCGCGGUCAAGGAGUAUCGAGUGUGGCAUGAUCUGCUCGAUGGUCUGAUGCACAACUACAGUCGGGAUAACUUCAGCAACGACAAGAGUCUCUACUUUAAGGCCAUGCGGGCGGAGCCACAACGCUAUGUGCUCCAAAGCAGCCGGAAGCUGCUUGAUUGGCUGCGUGAGCUACGUGCCAAUGGCAAGAAACUGUUUCUGCUCACCGGCUCCAACAUUGACUUUGCCAAUCUGACUGCAACUCAGGCGCUGGGCGCCGAUUGGCAGCAACAAUUCGAUUUUGUGCUAACGUUUGCCAAGAAACCCGGAUUCUUUACCAUGCAGCGUCCUUUCAUGGCCGUGGAUGCGGAUGCCAAGCGUGAGGUGCCCAACAGCGAGCUGAGUCUGCAGGCGGAUUUGAAGCUGGGCGAGAUCUAUUCGCAGGGCAACUGGCAUCAGUUGCAUCAGGCCAUGGCCAAGCUGCUGAACAAGGAGACGAGCGAGGCGCGUGCUUUGUAUUUCGGGGACAACAUCAUCCAGGACGUCUAUACGCCGGUCAAGCAUCGUGACUUUGAUACGGUGGCCAUUGUGGAGGAGUUGUCAAUGGUGGAUCAACAGAACUACGCCUUCAAUGCGGUGGUCUCAUCCAAUUUCUGGGAUUCCUAUUUCAUCAUUAACAACACGCCGACUCUGUGGUCCGGUUUCAUCGCCAACUACGCACAGAUCUGUGUGUCGUCCAUGGAACAAAUGGCUGCUUUGUCGCCCACCGAGCGCAUUGUGUCCAACAAUGUGAAUGGCUUCUAUCCGACACUGCCCAAGCAAUUGCUGAGUACCAACCUAACGACGUCUUGGCAUGGCGGCAGCAUUUAAUGAAUCAGAAUGAAGAUGGAUGAUGGUGAUAAGCAACCUGAUGACGUUGACCUGACGUUGAUAACCUGCUCGCGAACUGCAUUCAAUUUGAAGUACAAUAAAAAGCCAUAGAGAUUGUUAACCCCUA